AUGUUGGCAGGCAAAAAGGAGUCAAAAAGUACAAACCUCAAACGCAAAGGCCUUGAGAAGGCUUUGCACCAGAUAGAACAGGCUAUCAAGCGACCUAAGUCUGAUGCAUCUGAAUCUGAUGCUGCACAAAAAAUCAUAUCUAGUCUCCAAGAUUUACUGAACAGGACACAAGGUAACCAGCUGUACAGCGAGACCGAUGAACUAUCAGAGGACACCGACCGACCCCACGACCCCCAUUCUCCCCACGGCGUUGAUACAGGUGACAGUUUGUCACUGGACGACGCAGAGAACCCACUGCAACUACUGGCGCGCGCGUCUGACCUUCAGCUACCACCGGCUCAAGUGCGUAGUUUCCAUGGAAAGCGUCUUCUGGAGCCAUCACAGCCAGUAGCACCACCACAGGUUAAUAACGCAGAAGACGAUUCCUCCACGGCCAAACUAUUUUUUGUUCCCGUUAAGUCGAAUUUGGACCUGGGCCCAGACAUGGACCCCAUUGAGCUAGGCCUCGUCACCCCCGAUGAAGCCGAGUCCCUUUUUGCUUUUUUUUAUCAAGACCUUGCUCAUACUCGAUGGGGCCUUGACCCCGUCAUCCAUACUGCGUCUUUUGUACGUUCGCAGUCAGCUUUCCUUUUCACAUCAAUAAUGGCUGCCGCUGCUUUGUUCGUACCAUCAGCGGCCGCGCUAUCGAAGAGGCUGUCUAGACACUGUAAAUCACUGGCUCAGAUGGUCACCACUAAACGUUUCAGAUCGGUCGAAAUAGUCCUGGCUUUCAUGGUGAAUGUUCCUUGGAUGGCUCAUGGUAAUUACUUGGGUGACGACGACACCUGCUCCUACAUUGCGAUGGCCCUUGCCAUUGCACUGGACUUGUCCUUAAACAAGAUUGUUUUACCGUCUACUAGCUUUGACAAUGGUGUUAUAAGACGGCUUGCCAGGGCCGAUUGUAUUGAUGCAAAGAGAGCAUUGCACAUGGAUGGCUUUGAUAAUGCCGAUCCAAUCUCGGAAUGGGGCCAGAGACUACUGCGACGACGCGAAAGGACCUGGAUUGCCUUGUUCGUUUUAGAACGAGGCUCGUGGGAGAAGCUACACUGUUCCCCAGACUUCUCUCAUCACGCGCGUGAUGGGCCCAUGAUUUCGAUGGCGGCCCUCCGAAGAAACCUGAAGGUCAAGUCCAGUUGCGAUAACUACCAGACCAUCGAUGCUGGUUCAGAAGCUGCUCAAUCAAUUAAGACCACGAUAGAAAGUUUCUACGAUCGUUGGUAUGAAACAUGGGGGCCGGCGAUUGGGGAGGGUCAUUACAAAGCAUAUUCCCUUCCACCGUACGUGGAAAUUUUGGUCACUCACACGCGAUUAUCAACGUAUGGUGGUGUGAUCAACCAUCCCACGGCGCCACUUGAGGUAAAGCGUUUUUUUCGAGCGGCUGGCCUUUCCUCGGCGCUGAAUGUAAUGAGGGCCGCCAUCCAAGGAGAAUCACGAUUAAAAUCGAUGCCGAACAACACGGUCAUUAUGAUUGCAUUCGCCGCAUGCUCUGCCCUCAGCCUCAGUGUUGUGCCAACGGAUACCAGAUCCAGCCUGGCCCCAAGUGUACGGAAUUUGAUCGAGGAAACUGCAGGCGUGCUGGAGCGUAUUGGGGCGACCCCCGGUCAUAGGAACGGCGCGUCUGUGCUUUACGGACGGUAUCUACGAGAGCUAGUUCGACGAGGCUCUGAGAAUCGAAACGAACCACGGAUACCGGCCGAGGCGACCCUGAGAUCACCAUCAGCCUUUGGUGGGUACGGUACUGUGCCCCCACUGCCACAACCGUCAUUCUCGCCUUUAUUUUGGUCAGAGCCGCUGCAGUUCUCUGCUAUGUCUGAUGGUCAGAUCAUCGAUGCUGUGAACCGAGCAGGCAUCACCUUCGGGACGGGCGUGCCGGAUGUCCCACUGGACGACUUAAUGAGUUGGGACUGGCUGGACAUUGGAAAUGCAACUGACUUUGGCUUCUGACGACACUGAGGGGAAAAUGCAGCCGAUCUCCAUCCCGUCGGCGUCCAGAAGUAGCUCCGAGUGCCGAUCCCGUUUCCUCGAUCGAUUCAAAAAACAAGGCUCUUGCACUUCCUACCAAUCCAUUGCCCUGUCUUGUUUACUUCUCUUUUCUUUUUUCUUUUUUCUUUUUUUUUCCUUUUUCUUCCACCUUCCUAAUUUCUGUUCUCCAAAGGCCUUGUGUGAAGGUUAUUGGCAAUCUACUGAAGACGAAGACAAUGGCGACACUGCGGGUCUCAGCGUUGCCCUUGUCGCGGAGAGCGCUCUCCGUCGCUCGGCCAUGGUUUCAAUUAAAGACAUCCUAUAGAUCAAGUGUGCCGCCGUUACUUCGGA